AUGCCAAUUCCACGACUACUUGCUCCGUUUUCGAUGCUAUGGAGCCUGGUGCUCAGCGGCACCCUGCUGGCCGAAAGCCUGGUGUCGCCUCCAGCCACGCGACCAGGCAGCACACGCACAGCCGCCUUGCGUCAGGACGACCCCGCGGCUGCCGUGGGCGUUGGCGAGGAGAGCGACCCGCAGACGGACGAGGACGACGACGUCUACCAGGAAGACGUCGCAGCCCAGAGCAACGCGCGGAUCCGGAGGGCGGCGGCGGAUUGCUCAGCCUGCUCCUUCACGAUCGACCUGAGCUGCCCGCACCACUUCGAGAAGCGGUCGGGCUACUGGCACCGGCUGGCCGACUGCCUGGUUCCGAGCUACGGCCUGCUGGACCUGGCAAG